AUGGCUAACCAUCCACUUUCCUCUGAAAUGACUAAAGCAGGCAUUACGAUAAUCCCCAAAGAAGGCAAAGAUCCCACGACUUGCUCCAGCUACCGCCCAAUCUCCCUACUUAAUAUUGACCUUAAGCUUUUAGCCAAGAUGUUAGCCUCUAGGUUACAAAACCUGCUUCCUGAGUUAAUCCACCCAGAUCAAGUUGGCUUUGUCAAAGGCCGUGAAGCUGAAGAAAGGUUCCUGGCCCAGACCAAGGAACUGCAAGAGCAAGUUGUCACUGAAAGUCAAAAAGUCCAAACCUCUAAAUCAGAAAUCACAAAACUCAAACACACUCUACAGAGUCUGGAGAUAGAGUUGCAGUCUCAACUCAGUAUGAAAGCAGCUCUAGAGUCCUCCUUGGCAGAAGCACAAGGACGCUACUGCGCACAGUUGUCACAACUCCAGGAAGUCAUAGCCAAGGUCCAGUGUGAGCUUCAAGAGAUCAGGAGCCAGCUGGAACUUCAGAGCAGUGACUACAAGAUGCUAUUAGAUGUGAAGACCCGCUUGGAACAAGAGAUUGCCAAAUACAGAGAUCUGCUGGAUGGACAAGACAGCAAGAUUCCUGUAACUGGUGGAUAUUCCUCAACAACAAGCACUACCACUACAUCUACUACAAGAGUCCGCUGAGCCUGAAUCAAAGCAAACCAGAAAAAAACAUGGCGUAGCCACACAGCCUGUUUUAUACUGCAUUGCUAAUAUAUACCUUCCAACCCUUCUCCCUGUUUCUUCAAAUGCAAGGACACUAGUUUACAAGGUGUUUCUCUAGCUUUUAUGGUGGUCAAUAAAUCCUUUCUUUUUUGCAAUU